AUGAUGUCUUCAACAAUGAACAAACUCUACUUCAUCAUUGCCAUCACUGUUGUUCUCUUGCAAGUUUCCCAAGUGGAAUCCUUGCCUGUCAGACAAUUCACCAAUGUGGAACAACGUCAAACUCCAUUCUCUUCAAUCAAAAGAGAUGAUUCGUCGAGUCAACAGCCAAUGAAUGCAGGAACAUCAGCAGCUGCUUGCUACGGAAGUUGCCCAGGUCGUGGUCAAGCUUACACAGGAAGAGCCUGCAAAGCCGUUUACGGUUGCCAAAGUGGUAGUUCAUGA